UGGAAGAGGUGUGGUGGGAGGACCAGAGAGUUUCGCCGACGUGGCAGGAGUAAUGGCGGCCGAGCAGAGGGUCUCUAAGCGUGUGGAGAGGGAACUCCACCAGACAAAAGUCGUGGUCCGCCAUCUACCGCCCGACUUUGACCAGGAAGCAUUUAUGGAGGCGUUCUCUCCGGGUCUACCCGAAGGCAGUUUCAACUAUCUCUACUUCGCGCCCGGCGAUCCGGAGUUCGGCCCGAACGGCUGCGCGCGAGCAUACGUCAACUUUACUGACGAGUCCGCCAUCCUGACGUUCCGUGACCAGUUCGACGGCAUGGUUUUGGAGUCGAAAAGCGGCGGAGGGCAAAAGUACCGCGACCCUCAUCGAGUUUUCGCCGUUUCAAGCGGUACCCAAGCCUCGUAAGAAGCCGGACGCUCGCUGCGGUACCAUCGAACAAGACGGAGACUACAAAGCUUUCCUGGAAAGUCGGGACGAAAAGGUGACCAGCAUGUCGUCUAUUGAUCUCGAGUCAUACUUGGAAGAAUACAAGGCAAGUCAGAUCGCCGAGGUGCAAGUCACUCCGCUCAUAACGUACCUGAGAAACAAGAAAAGUGGAUCGAAAUUUGCGAAAAAGAAGCAGGUCUUUGUAGUGGAAAAGAAAAGGAAGAAGGGGAGGAGGGAGAGAGACCCGAAAGAGGGAAAUGUGGGCGGGGCUGGAGGCAGGAGAGAGAAGAAGUUGGACGAGAGAGGAGGGAAGAAAAGGAGAAAAGAUGACGGUUGGACAAAGGGGGGAGAGUCCGUGGAAAUUGGACGGAGUGACUAUAAGAUGGACGCUGAACAUGCGGAGAAGAGAGGGAGAGGGGGAGAAGGGGCCGGAUUGAGCAGCUCACAUGAUGUCCACCAAAACGGACAUGUCACGGGACCCGUUAUCAAGGAAGGAAAGGGAGCCAGGGAUCGAGGGGGUGGCCAUAGACGACCUGAUAGAGUGAUCUAUACACCGAGACCUCGUGAACAACGGUCAGAUGCUAGGGAAUCGCAGAAAUUCCUCAAAACCACCGCGCAGACACAAACUGGGAAGACGAGUCCAGCAACAAGUACGACGUGCCGCGGUACUCGAGCGAAAAGUACAAUUCGGGGAGUGAGUAUUAUUCGAGACCAGGAGAGUACUACGGAGGGAGGGGGAGGGGGAGAGGGAGGGGAAGGGGAAGAGGGAGGGGGAAAAGCAGAGGUGGCCAGUACAGCUAUCACGAAGACUCACGAUCAUCAGCUGGCAGCCGCUAAAAAUCGAUAUAAUUUUCUUCGCUUUGGAAAUAUUCAGGUUUGACUCAAACACGUACUACUAGUAGCUACACACCAAAACUACUCGUCUGAAACUCACAUAGUAUGCUAGAACAAACAAUGGAAGCUAAAUAUGGCGCCACUGCCGCGUUUUGUGAAGCAACCUCUUCACAUUCACAAGUCAUCUUGGAGGAGAGGACAAAAAAGGAGGAAGAAGAAAAUAUCAAGAAGCAGGAGAUAUGGGGAGGAGGCAGCCAUCUUACCAGGAAGAACCAGAACAAUUAUGUAUAAUAGCUAGCAGUAUUUUUUUCGGUUUCACUUUGAUUCAGGUGUAGUGUACGGGCGUUUACGGAAAUUGGGGCGCGUUUUUUUCUAAAUGGAGCGCAGCUAGCGAGCACAACGGCGGAUCGAAGUACAGAGCAACACUGACUGAGCAGUUUGGAAGUUUUUGGCGGUGGAGGGAAGAGAAAGCAAUGGCUACAGGGUUGAACCUUGGCCUGGCAGCCGGUACGGACAUCCCCGUGGAACACCUCGACUACGGAUACGUGGGCGAGUGCGGGGACGCGAAAGAAGUCGAAAAAAUCCUGCAAAUCCUCAGGUCGGGCAAGGAGGGGUUGUAUCCAGAUCUAGUGGCGUUCACCGAGCGAAAGGCUGUCAGAGUUGGACCCAGGCAGCAAGCUGCUGGUGGAGGAGGGAAGAAAGAAGAAGGUUACGGACCUCCCAGGUUUCGAGCAACAAGAGCUCCAGAAUGAUAUGGAGUCCUGGUCUCAGACAAUGCGGGAGGAAGAGUCAUCCCUGUCAUCAUCUGCCCCCCUGAACCACUGCGAGGGAGAGAGAGGGAGAGAAAGGGAGGGAGAGAUCAUGCGUGGGCUAGGCUUGCCUCCCAUCAGGAAAGCUGGAACCAUAGCUGACAGCAAGGUAGUACAUUACAGGGGGAAAUUCCCUGGGAUUUCCCCCUGUACCUGCUAACACUACACGACAUUCAUACUUCCUGGCAACUGAGGCAGCUUCUGUGUACUGUGGUAACCGCUUGGUAGUUCUGAAGUAGUAGAGUAGCAUCUUUCCUAGGAUGCUACCGUUGGUGGUUUUCACUGCUAUUUGCCAGAAAGAAAAGUUCAUAUAAUCCUGAUAAGGACACCUCAUAUCUCCAAACAACAGUUCUUGCUGAAAUAAAGACAUCUAGUAAUAUGGACACUUUAGUCUGCACCAUUAUUGUCCAGAUUAGAGGGGUUCCACUGUAGGUAUAUACUAAAAUCAAUGUGUUAUUUUCAGUCGUCUCCAAAGAAUCCUACCUCGGUGAAGUCCAAGACGCCGUCUCAGAGGAUCAAGUCCAGCGAUUUCCGGGCAUGGGAUCAGUUCGAUGCCGACACCGCGGCGGACCACGUGGACAGACAGGCAGAGAGAGAGGAGGAGGAGGAGAGGAAGGUCAGGUGUAACGGAGUGGCAGGGAAGACUUCUGUUCCAGUUGAACUAUCCGAGAGUGAGAGAGAUAUGACUGACGUUGAGAGAAACAAACUCGCCAUUCACGAGAAGGAAAAAGGGAACGAGUCGUUCAGAUCAGGAGACUACGAGGAGGCAGUGGUGUACUACUCCCACAGUCUCCUACUGCGUCCCUCCAUUGCUGCCUACAACAACAGAGCUCUCAUGUACAUUAAACUGGAGAGGAAUUCGGAGGCCGUAGAGGACUGCACGAAGGUCUUGGAAGAAGAUCCCAACAAUGUCAAAGCCCUAUUCAGACUAGCAACAGCCAGGAGCAGUCUGAAACAAGACGACGAAGCGAUGGCCGAUUUCGAACGACUGCUGCAACUGGAACCGUCCAACAAGAGGGCCCAAGACCAGUUGAAAAUUCUCCGAGCGAGGCACGAGGCGAGAGGACCGGCCGGCGAAAAACUCCUCAAGAAAAACAGGCUUCACAUCGUGGAAGUGGAUGGGUGUGGGAAGGGGAGGGAGGAGGAGGAGGAGAGGAGGGGAGAGAGACGAUCGGUCAGUAAAGAGGAGAUGAAGAGAUUCCUGGAAUUGAAACAGAAAAUGGACAAGCUCUCGGCUGAGGUAAAAGCGAAAAAAGCCGCGGACGCGAGAAGAGAGAAAAGUCGCGGAAAUAGCAAAAGGUCGGGGGGUCCAUCCGGCGGGAAACUCCCGGGGAAAAUGGCACCUGAUGAUUCAACAUCAACAAAACCAGUUGGUCAAGACUUGUCCUCGCACAAUUCUGACUUGCCCAGUCCUGCAGUCCAGACCACACCCACUCAGUCACAGGCCACACCCACUCCUACCCAAGCCACACCCCCUGUGGCCCGAGUGCCCCUCCCCCCUGCGGUCCAGCGACUGAAAGAAGAGGGGAACAGACUCUUUCGUAGUGGGCAGUACGCAGCGGCGUCUGAGAAGUACAGCAAGGCUGUUUCCCAACUUGAACAAGAAAACGAGGGAGGGGAACACUCUGUCUCCCUGGCAACCCUCCUAAACAACAGAGCCGCCUGUUCCCUGAAGACUGGACAGUGUAACAGCACCAUCAGUGACUGUUCUCGCUCCAUCUCUCUCCUUCCUCUCAACCACAAGGCAGUCCUUCGACGUGCAUGCGCCUACGAGAUGAAAGAAAAAUUUCAAGAAGCGUACAUGGACUACCAUCUCUGUCUCAGACUGGACGGUACUGUCCCACUGGCUCAAGACGCUGUUACUAGGUUGGGUCGUCACCUGCAGGAUGAGUAUGGUCUGGACUGGAGAGGGAGACUUCCGCCACAUCCUGACGCUGACCUCGUGCUGGGGGCUCUACGAGCGGCGCAGAGCCAACACCACACGACACCGGUUGACGCGAUCCAGACGCAGUUGACGAAAUCUGAAGACCAGAAUCAGCAUGAUGUGACACCGGUUGAUGCAGUCCAGACCCAAUCGAUACAAUCUGAAGACCAGAAUCAGCACGAUGUGACACCGGUUGAUGCAGUCCAGACCCAAUCGAUACAAUCUGAAGACCAGAAUCAGCACGAUGUGACACCGGUUGAUGCAGUCCAGACCCAAUCGAUACAAUCUGAAGACCAGAAUCAGCACGAUGUGACACCGGUUGAGGGA